CGCUAUAACCCAGACUUGUAUUAUACUUGACAAACCCACCUAAUAGUACACGGUAGCAGCCACAGCCAGCGUCAAGCUGAGCAGAGAAGAGAAAAAAAAGUAACCCGCUGCGGCCGCCGCCGUCGCCGGGAUGCCAGCAACCGAAGCUCGCCCGCCCGCUCGACGACGCCAUGAUGCGCCAUUUGCGCACGCACGCACCUCCAGACUGACUGUACCUACAUACUACCAGUCGAUGGACUGAUGCUCUCACAGGAAGGAAGGAAUGAUCGAAGAAAAGAAGAAUGGAUCGUCCUCCUGGGAUGAUGCCACCGACAACACACAUCCACACACACACACACACACACACACACACACACACACACACACAAAAGGCUGAUGAUCAGCUACCUCCAGCCAGUCGAGGCAAAACCACGCUGCACGCUCAAAUGUCGUGAAACUGUGGCAAAGCAACCCCCAUCUCAUCUCAUCCCAUCAACCAUUUUUUUUUACGCGCCACUCCCUUUCCUUUCCUUUCCUUCGUUUCGUUCCCUUCUGCUUGUUGGGAGCUGGACGUUAAACUCCCUUGUCGAAUUCCAGAAUGCAUGUAACCCCAUCGCAUUUCCAUCGGUCGUUCCAGAGCCAGAGCCGGAGCCAGAAAAAUGAUAAUACCCCUCUCACAGCCGCACGUCGGAAACAGGUCUAGCCCAAGGAGGCUGUGCAAAGCAGGAAAAAAAAAACGGGCAGCCAACCGACCGACCAACCAACCGGGCAUCAAGAAAGAGAGAGAGACAGAUCAACCAUCGGCAUUGUAAGUAUCGAAAACCCAAACAGGCAUAACAGGUCUACCGAGAGAGAAGAAGUCAACAAACCAUUCUUUCUUCCCCUUCAUCAUCAUCUCGCUCCAACAACGUCUCCAACCAAUCCGGCAAAACCCUGUGGCGCAUUAGCAAAACUAGACCCUACCUUACCGCCGUCCAUUCUCACCGGCCUUCUGUACAGCUACGUACGCGCGCGCGCCGAACGAUCCGUUCUUCCCAGCACCCUUGCAACUUUGCCCAUCUUUUUUCUUAUUUCUCGACUUGAAAAGCUUGCCUUGUCACGGUUACAUCCUCCCGCAGUAGCAAGUCUCAACUACGCGGACCCCCUCUAAAAAAAGCUAUACACAGUAGUAUAUAGGUGACGCGAGAGAAAGAGAAGACCGAGCAAGGCAAGAGAUGGCGGUGGAGUAGGAGUAAGUGUGGCGUCACCGAAAAUUAAAGCCACGAGAAUGCCUGCCUGUCUGCGUCUUCCCGGCUCUGAUCAACGAUGAUUGCGGUAUGCCGUCAUGUCCUGUCAUGUCAUGUCAUACCAAACUCUCUCUAUUCCUCUCUCUACUCUCUCUGUGUAUAUGUGUGGCUGAUCCAGCUCUACCCGGGCUAAUCUUCGGCUUUUUUUACGGAGUCGGAGACGAGUGGCUGUGUCCUUGGUUGCUUGCUCCAAGACGGUGCGUGCUAACCUAACCGCCGCCGUCUUCGAAUGAAUGAAUUGAUCAAGAUGUGAAACUGUUCAACCGACAAUGGAUCGACAGGUACGCGCACGCAACUCCCCACAUAGGCAAUGCACUUUACCUACCUAUCCCCGAGAUCAUCAAACCCGAUACCGGAGAAGAAAGGAAAAGGGAAAGAGGAAAACGUGCGUUGCGGCGGGUGUGGUGGCAAAGCGGUUUCAAACUAUGCUUCCUUGCCGCCGCCUCGCUAAUCUUCAAACUUCAAACUUCGCGUGGCACAGAACAUCGAGUUUUUGGGAAAUUCCUGCUGUUAAUCGAAUUGAUUGAUCGUCUCCUAUACCCCACUAAAAUCUUGCGCGUUGUAACCCCUUUUUUCUCCAUGUGUUCGUUGUCUAUCGCUAUAGCUCGCUAAUGUCGCUUGUUUCUUGUUCGUGAUCUUGGACCGUCUAUCAAUUCCUCGCUACUGGUCGCCGUUUGCCAACCGACAUUGCGCAUCGCCACCCCAUCCAUCCAUCCAGACUUGACAAAUACCGCCCCCAUGCAAAACUUGUUUCGCCC